UAACAUACUUACUCAUGUAUCUUAUCAAAGUUAAAAAAAGGGCCCACAAUCAUCGCCAUCAUCACCUGUUGGCAAUUUACCGGAGCAGCUUAGGAAAAUGAAACCGCGAGUCUAAAUAUCGCCUCGCUACCUGCAGAACCACCCGUACUCUUAUCCUUAACACCAUUACUCCUAUUUUAUCAUCUUCAACAACAUACUAGCUUGCAAUCCUUGAAUUUUCCAUUAAUUAAUGGCGCUAAAUUCCUCGUCUCUUGGUUCAACAAUAAGCCUAAGUUCAAUCUCUUUCAGAUCCAAAUACCCUAGAAAUUCCCUCACUUGCAAGCACCUCUUUCUAAAUUUCUCCUCACCAGUAACUGAAUCACUUCGUGUUUCGGCUGGUUCCACUCCCAAAGCGAAAUUCGUUGCCAGACGUAAAGAGUCCGUUUCGGUCCGGCAACUCGGACGCCCUCUAAUGGAGUAUAUGAGUUUGCCAGCGAGUCAGUACUCUGUGUUGGAUGCGGAGAGGAUAGAGAGGGUAGACGACAACACGUUUAGGUGUUACGUGUAUAGUUUCAAGUUUUUUGCUUUUGAAAUUUGUCCUGUUUUGCUUGUUAGAGUUGAAGAGCAGCCUGAUGGUUGUUGCAUUAAGCUUUUGUCCUGUAAGCUUGAAGGUUCGCCGAUUGUGGUUGCGCAGAAUGAGAAGUUUGACGCUUACAUGGUCAACCAAAUUUCUUGUGAUAGCAACCAAAGCAACUCAACAAUACAACAGCUUACUUCAGAUGCAGUCAUUGAGGUUAGCAUCGAUAUUCCUUUUGCAUUUAGAGCAAUUCCAGCUGAAGCAAUAGAAUCGACUGGUGCCCAAAUCCUUAAGCAAAUACUUGGGCAGAUUCUUCCCCGCUUUAUGGCACAGCUUGUGAAGGACUAUCAUGCAUGGGCCUCUGGUGAUGCAUCAAGGCAGCCUCUUGGAACUGGUGAGAUUUGAGAUUCAUGGAAGGCAGCGAUUUGUAGCAGUGUAUUUAAAUCUGUAGCCGCCUCCAAUGCAGGUAUUACAUGUUUAUAUUGGAUAACAGGCAAUGAGAAUCCUGGCUGUUCUAGAUAGACUUGUUUUUUUACUUGUUUCACAGCUAGUCUUAGUUCAGGACAAACCAUACGAUUGAUUUCUGUUAAGCAGUGAUUCUAUUUAUGUUCUUGUUGUUGAUUGA